AUGAAAUACAUAUAUAAUCAAGAUUACAUAUCAAUGAGCACUAGUUUUACCGGUUUAUAUGAUAUGUCCACCAAAACUGCUUUUUAUGCCGAUUUGGUUCCGACAAAUUCAAUGACAGCACAUAGACAGUUAUACAAUUUAGUUAAAUCAGAUGCCACUGUCAAUAUGUAUCUCUCCGACGACAGCACGAAUCAUAUUGGAUUCUCGAGAAAGUCCGAUCAUUUGUAUGGGUUCAACUCGGAGACUCACAACAGGAUUUCAGUUGGUCAAUGCAAUGCUUCAGGUCACAGUCAAAAGAUCUAUGUUGCCAAGAGUGUUUUCGUAUUCCAUGAUGGGAAAUUCAAUGAAUACAGUAUCUUCCGAAAAGCUUUCAGAGCUCAUGGAUCGAAUCUAUAUCAUAUCAUUAGUAUUAGUUAUGGAAAAAUGAGUGAUAGAGCAUUUUAUAAUGUUUGGAGAAAUAAAGUAAUAAAAUCAAUAGUUUUCGAAAAGAUAUAUGAAAUUCAUAGUGCAGUGAAAAUUAGAUUAGGUCCUGUCUAUAAAUAUGAUGAAGUGAUCUCUGGUCAUUGGAUGCUUCUCAACUACCCAUCGCUUUUGUAUGAGAAGAUCGAUCGUGAAGAAUACGUUUAUUUUGAUUUCAACGCUAUAAAGCUGGUGUGUCAGCGGUGUGAAAACUACCCGCUGUUUCUCAAGGUUGCCGAAUAUAGCAACGCCAAGAUAUUCUUUCAUCCUUCGUAUCCUGUGACUUUGGAGUUGGCAACACGCACAGGCUGCAUCGAGAUCGUAGAGUACCUCCAUUGCAAACUCGAUAUUCCCGUGACUGUUCAAACUCUUACCAACGCUGCGAUCGAGGGUAAUAUGGAGUUGCUUCAGCUGUUUUGGCGACAUUCGAAAUCACAUGGUACCGUUUGGAAAAGUGAAACACGAACGAUUGUCGAUGUCGCUGCCAGUCAUGGACAUUUGGCGUGUGUCCAGGAACUCAUGGGUAAACCAUUCCAUUUGCAUCCGACUGAAGAUGGCAUUAAUAUGGCUGCCUACUUUGGACAUUUGGAUAUCGUAGAGUAUUUCUUUGAGCAUGAGUAUUGCGAUGAUCCUGCUCUUUGGCGAAGAUCGUUGGAAUCACUUGCAAACAAAGUCGAUGGCUUGGAUCUAAUGAAGCGGUUGGUCAACCGAUGGAGUAGUUUAGCGUGGGGAUUGGCACUACCAAUGUCAGUGGCGAAUGGAGAUAGUGAAAUGAUUGAAUAUCUACUUGGUGAAGCCAAACAAGUGCCAAAUACAAUUGCAAUAACCAAGUGUCUGCAUUUCAAUAGGUUGGAUAUACUGGAAAGAUUUAGAAACUACCUGUUCCUAGCUAAUGGAAUGGAUGAUCGGAUGUUUAUCAGUUUGAUACCUGAUGAAGCUAUGGAAACAGUUGUGGAAAGAGGAUUCCUCGAUUUAAGUACAUCUAUGAAAAGGUCGACAUCUCUACGGAUCGCUAUAAAGAUCUUAUCACUUGGAGUAUGCGACGUGGUAGUAGAGAGUUGCUUUCGUAUUUUCUGGAUGCAACGCCCGACCGAGUACGCAACGAUCCAAACAAUAUUAUGUUUCUCAGUGAUUUGUUUGGCUUGA